AUGCUUCCAGCACCACCACUCAAGAUCAAUUCCACCUCCAAUUCCAGGCCAAAUCUAGUAUCUGGUCUCAACAUUGCGGUGUAUUUUCCUGCCUCCCGAUCUGAACGUAUUUGCUUUCUGUCUACCAUUCUCACAGACUUUGCCUCUGUGUUUUCGUCGUCUCCAUCACGAUCUAUCAUUUUGGGUGAUUUCAAUUAUAACUACUCCAAUGCUUCUUCGUUUCGGAAUCGACAGGCUCCUGCUUCUUGGUUACAGUACCUUGAUGAUCACUUUGUCAAUGGUAUCACGGCUCCAGGUGCCACUCCUUCUGUUACAUUCCAACGUGGUACGUCUCAAUCUUGUAUUGACUACAUCUUCUUGUCAUCGGAUUUGUUGCCUUCCAUAUACCAGCUUCGCUUGUAUUCAUCUGCGGAUGCGUCGUCCGCCCUGUCUGUUGGCAAAGGCCUAUGGCGUGCCCAUCCUCUUCUUGCUUCUAAUUCCACCUUUCGUCAUCAGCUUCAUCGUGCUCUUUGUGGUCGUGUCCCGACCCUUGAUCCCACUUUGUCUGUCGCCCAGAAAUGGAAAGAAUUGAAGCGAACCACUGCUACUGUUGCCAAAUCGUUCUCAAGGCGCAAUGCUUAUACUCUUAAGCGCGCUGAGGAGCUCCUUCAUAAGAAACGAGCUGGUCUACAACAGCGCUUGAACUCGGAUUCAAUUCAACAUUCGGUUCUCACUCCACAUUUGACCAUUGUCGAGGAACAACUUGCAGCCAUUCAACAAUACCAUGUUGAAACCUUAGCUCUACGGUCUGGUGUGCGUUGGCGUGAACAAGGUGAGAUGCCGCCCGGCUUCUUGAAGAAAACAUCUUCUAUUCGAGCUGCUCGGACCCUCAUCCCUCCCUUGAUUCACCCAUCGUCGCAUUCAUUGUGUACCACCAAAGAUGCCAUGCUCGAUGCCGCUGCUACUUACUACGGUGCUCUUUACACCCCAGAUACCAUCGAUAUGCAUGCCGUGCAUGACCUACUUGAUGCGAUCCCUGCUUCCACUCGUCUGUCAACCACAGCAUCUCUGUCAUCGAUUGAGCCCAUUUUUUUGAGGAUCUCUGUGAAGCCUUUUCUCGUGCACCCACCACUUCCUCUCCUGGAAAAGGCGUACGACCGUGUCCAUCCCGUAUACCUUCGUGCCGUCCUCCUUCGUUUUGGCUUCCCCGCGGCUUUGGUUGAUUGUAUCUCUCACUUGUUCUUUGACAAUCAUCUCGUUGUCAAUGUCAAUGGUUUUCUUUCAUCACGAGAACCACAACUACGAGGCCAGAAACAAGGGGACCUCAUCAGUCCUAUUUUGUUCAAUUUGGCAUUUGAACCGCUUCUUAGAAAGAUUCUCCAGGACCCUCAACUACCAGGUUUCCAGUUGCCUUCACCUCUAUCAUUCAACGCUCCCUCUGCUGUCAAGAUGAUGGCGUACGCUGAUGAUAUUGUUUGUCUGUUGACCUCUCCUGCAGAUCUCAAUCGCCUACAUUCCCAUCUACAAGUGUACUCUGCUGCAUCCAACGCUCUCGAGAACUUCCACAAGACGGAGGCUAUCUCUCUCAGUGGCUCAAGAAGCAACUUUGAUUUGAUUUGGCGAACUCCCCUUCUUCAACAUCGCAUCACUAGUUGGCACGACGCUACCUCGCCAUCAUCAAUCCGCUAUCUUGACAAGAUCCGUCUGGGCUGUCAAAUUCACAAACAACGAGGGCUCUCAGUACGCGGUAGAGCCACUGUUCUCAACUCGCUUGUCCUCAGUAAACUGUGGCAUGUGCUUCGUGUGGUGACAGUACCGGUCAAGUUCCUGGACAAUAUUCAGUUUGUGAUCUCUCAGUUUGUCAAUGUUAGAAUCUCUCCAAAAAUUGGUCAUCCCACCUUCUUCUCUUCUCGUUCCCAGGGUGGUCUUGACAUCCUCAAUCCAAAGCUGCAACAAGGUGCGCUCCAACUACGUUGGCUGGAACCGCUGCUCAGCAUGUCUACUACCCAAAUGAUGUCGCAUUCUUCAAUCGUGUUACCUCGGCUAGUUGGUUUUCUCGGAGACCAUCUCUCCAAACGCCCUGACAUCCCACCAGAUCAUCCGUCACAGCCACUUGAUCAUCGCAUCAGUAUGCUUUUUUCAGGAUGCCGUCCAUCCAUUUGUCAACAACAAGAGAGUUUUUGGUCAUUGCUGUUUAGAGCUCUGGAUCGCAUUCCAAAAGAUUUCUCAUCUACUAUCAUCAGUGCGGCCACCAGUUUAGAGAUCCCUUUGGCCACGGUCCUUCUUUCCGUUUCACCUGGUACAAAGCUCUCCAAAUCCUAUGCCAAGCUGCCAACCUCCAUCGCCUACACUUUGGAUCCCACAUUGGACAGUUGCCUUCGCCCAAAGACUUCCCGCGAGAUUUCAUCCCCACCCAAACUCGCAAAUGGUUUCUUGCGGCUCGUCAGACAGGAUCACAUCAAGCUCGCUCCCUUCUUUGCCCGUACAUUCAUUCACAGAAGGUUUGCAGGCUUGGGUUGUUUUCCUUUCUUACCAGUUGAGGAUCACCGCACUGUGGAUGCCUCACCGUUCGUCCAAGCUAUAUUCUCCUCAUUGUCACCGACACCUCUUGUUCGCCAGCAUCGUCUGUCCACAAGAUCAUAUCGAAAACUUUGCUCACAGCCAUUAAAACCUGAAUCUUUCCUACCUCCUCCUUACAACCCAUCCAUUCGCCCAUCUUGGUCGACCUUUUGGUCUUUGCCACUAUCACACUCAUGUCGCACUGUUUGGUACCGUUUCCUUCAUCAUCGAAUUCCUCACAGACUUCGCUUGCAUGAAUGGAAAAAGAUCCCUUCACCGUCUUGUUCCAUCUGUCAAUAUCCCACUGAAUUGACCGACCAUUUCAUGUUCUCAUGUCCUGUCAAACUGGCUGUCUGGCAGCAGGUUCACAACGAGCAUUUGGGCGUAACAGUGUCCAUCACUUCUCUCGACCUUCAUCACCUUCUAACCACCUUUUGUUCUCCUUAUGUUCGAACAACAUCCGAUCUUUGCAUCAUUGCUGCUACACUGGAAUCUAUCUGGUUAUCACAUUGGUCCUUUGUCUUCAAUGAUACCCCAUUUACCACUGACAUUGUUCUCGUUCGGGUCGCUCAAAAGAUUCGCCUACACAAACAGGAGUCAUUCAUGGCGGCUGGCAUUCCGCACUCACCUCCUCCUUUCUUCUCCGUCGAUCCCGUCUAA